UGGCAUUACUAUCGGCCACAGGCGAGGGAGCUUGUCCAAGAGCAAUGGCUAGGCCACCAGACCAGGUGUUUUUGGAAUGACGUCGCCCCGCAUUUGAAGAAGGCCCCCGCAUACAGCCGGAGGCGGACGCUGCGCCAUCUAAGAAGCCUUCCAUCUUGAGCACGUAAGGUAGCAUCGGCCUGGAGAGUCGAUCUCCGGCCCGUAUGGUGUGAGUGGUACCUUACCACUCCUACCCAGCGCGUUGUUAGUCCACUUGGAAGCUGCCCUGCAUAUGGCCUCACGGGUCGUGAAAGCAGCGGCUAGCGAGCAACCCAAACGAUGCAGGGUCCUGGAAAGGUCCUUUGAGCAACACGGAUCCCACCAUCUUGGGUCUUUCCAACGGUGCUAUUCUUUGGGAUCGCCACAUCCGUUCCCCUCCCAUGCUGCCAAGUCUUUUGGCUUUUGUCACACCUGGAUAAAUACCAUCGGGCUCCCCUACCAUUAUUCUCCUUCACUCAGACAAACCACACCCUACAACGCCAAUCCAAAGCUACACCGCAUAUCUCCAGUAUCAGUUUCACCUAUUCAAACAUAUCAGACAUCCUGUCAAGCAGUCUCUUAGAGUAUCAGCCACCGAUAUUAUCUUCUGCCUUUCCAUCACCCAUUUCUUCAAUAGCUCUACAUACGCAUCAUCAACACUUUCGCAAUGGCCAUCCGCGAUCACUUCCGCCGCCGCAAGUCCAUCUCCGAGCCUAGCCAGGGAGAGCGUACCAGCUCAGACCCAAAGUCUCCAGCUCUUCGCCUCGCAAAGACAUUCGGAUGGCGCUCAGCAAAAGAAGAGAAGCCAAAGAAGAAGACCGCCAACAAGGAGAAGGAGGCCGACCCGCGCGAGAGGCCCUUCAACGAGACCAACCUUAGACACCAGGAGAUCCUCAACGGCUUCACCAUGACAUUCGGAAAGGGCCAACGCCCGAUGAGCCGCGAUGCGCGGUCAAGUUACUACAGCAUCAACGUCAGCCCCGGCACAUCACGCCACAACAGCGUGGACGUGGAUGACAGCCCGCUCCGGAUGAACCCCUUGCCUCGCGAGAGUCAGUUCCGGUCCGUCCCGGAAGAGGAUGAGAGAUCUUGAGGGUCCCGGCCCGAGGGGUUCUCAACCGUUCUCGUCUGAGACACUUUUACUUCCCAUCUCGGGGAUCGAGAGACAGCCAAUUUCGGCGUCUCGAAGCGUUCUUUUCCGGCAUCGCCUUGGAGUUUGGGGUUGGAAUUUUCGGGGGGAAAAGGUCACCAUGGCCAUUGUGUUCGAGCCUUAGUUUCUUUUUAUUUUUGCUAUGAUAAUGGGGGAGCUUGGAUUGGGAAUGGCAUCUGAGUUACUGUAUGAAUAAGGCAACACUGCUUGACUUGGAUAUCACAAGUUGGGACCGAGGCAAGGACUACUCCACCUCGAAGUCGACGAUACACACGAG